AUGGUUGGCGUUCCUGGAAGAUCAAAAGGCUGCCGAACCUGCCGGCGGCGCAAGAAAGGCUGCGACAAGGUCGAGCCCGCGUGCUCGCAGUGCCGCGCCGCAGGGCUGCCAUGCGAGGGCUACGGCCGCGACCUCGUCUGGGUCAACUCGACCACCUCCGCCGCGCCGCCCACCGGACGUCCACCCCCCGCCGCCGCCCAGCCGGCUCCGUGGCACGUCCGCCACGCGGGCACCGGUACCGGCACCCCCGUAGUCCUGCGGGACUCGCUCGCUCGCACGGCGCGCGAGCAAAAGUACCUGGGCCUGUUCUGCGCGUCCGUGGUCGGGCACCAGCACGGCGACGGCCAGCUGGUGGUCACGGGGCUGCGGACGUACUCGGCGGCGCUGGCGGAGAUGGCGGCGGCGACGGCGAACGAGGAGCGGAGGCUAGGGGACGGGUUGCUGGCGGCAUCGCGGCUGAUGGAGUUUUACGAGAUUCUUUUCGGGAAUGAUUCGGGAGCGUAUCCGGAUGCGACGAUGCAUGUGGACGGGUGGCGUGGUCACAACAACGGUCAGAUGGCACUGGUGCUGGCAAGAGGCCCCUCGAAACUGCAGUCUGGAACGGGACACCAGUUGUUUGCUGACGGGCGGUUAAACAUGGUUGUGGGCGACAUCGCGAGACGAAGACGCUCGGAGCUCGCCACGCCGCAAUGGAAGCAAGAACCUUGGAAAACGCAGAGCAAGUCCAUCAAGGACAAGCUGAUAGACAUAUUGGUGGAUGUUCCGGGGCUUCUGGAAGACCUGGACAAAGUCAAGGCCACAGACGAUCCCGAUGCGAAGGAGCGGGCACGACUACGCGCGCUCGUCGCGUGCAAGGCAUGCCACCACCAGCUCACCCUCUGGGAGGGUGAAGUAGGUGACGAUCUGUUUGUCUACGACUACGUCGUCUCUGGCGAUCCUUUGCCGGUGCCCAAGACGGACGUUGACACCGCGCUGCUCCAAAUGACCAGCCUUUACUGGGUUGUCUGCAUCCUGCUCUACUCUACCAUCGGUCUGCUGAUGAGGGAAGCGCGGCAACCACCAGCAACACCCCAACCACGUCCCGGUCCGCCAUCCUAUCCCUCACCACCCGCCUCCGUCUCGCCCGACAAGCCGUCGCCCGCAUCUCCGUCUCCGACGGACGACGACCGUCGCAACCCCAGGCUCUGCGCGCACAAGAUCGCGCGCUCCGUGCACCUCUUCUGGGAGCCCGCCGCGGGCGCCUUUGGCAACCACGUCGGGCUGCUUCCCCUCGGAGUCGCCAUGCGCUUCCUGGCCGGCACGGAGCCGCGCAUCGAGGCCAGCGACGCGUACAGCCGCAUGCGCAGCCUGUUCCGCCGCCCGUUCCUGGGCUCGCACGUCGGCACGUUCCUGUCGAACCUGCAGCGCGAGGCGCCGAGCGAGGAGCUGCGCGGGAUGGGGGGCGAUGAGGGCAUACAGGCGCGCGCGCACGCGUGGUGGCACCGCAGCGGCAGCUCAGGCUCAUGA